GAGGAAAAAAAAAGACACAUAAACGAGUAAUGUCUACAAAACUUUAGGGGCAUCUCCCAGAGGGUUUUAUGCCUCCGUGAACUUUCAAAGCCAUGGGUGCAGUUCGGAGCUAAUUCACCGGCAACCAAUGCUCACAUAAUUCCUAUCGCUAUUACCCAGACUCUUAAAUUUCCAGAAAAAUGAGGUAUAUACGAUUCAUUUCCCAUAUUCAAAAAUCAUUUCGCCAAAACCCUAUCCCCAAUUUCCCUCCAACUACUAACCCUAAUGUCAUGGCCCUAAUCCAAUCCAAAACCUCAUCUUCUCGAUCCUCCUGUUUGUUGAAUUCUAAGCGUGGGUACACAUCUUCUGUACAAAAGUCGAAAUCGUCCCCGUCUGAGAGGGUCUCGGAGAUCGUCGACGAGCUCAUGGGCCUCACGCUGCUCGAAGUUUCGGACCUCGUGGAGGUUCUGCGCGAUAAGUUGGGCGUCACUGAGAUGCCGACGAUGAUGGUGAUGAUGCCCGGGAUGGUGCCUGGGGCUUUAAAGGGCGCGGCGGGAAAGGGUGGUGCGGCGCCGAAGGCGGAGGAGAAGACAGAGAAGACGGUGUUCGAUGUGAAGCUCGAAGGGUUCGAUGCCGCGGCGAAGAUCAAGGUGAUUAAGGAGGUGAGGACGUUUACCGAUUUGGGGUUGAAGGAGGCGAAGGAUUUGGUGGAGAAGGCGCCGACCCUGUUGAAAAAGGGGGUGACCAAGGACGAGGCCGAGAAGAUUAUUGCGAAGUUAAAGGAGAUCGGCGCCAAAGUUUCGAUGGAAUGAGGUUAUGCGGGAGAAGAGGAUGAAGACCGCAAAGUGUGAGGCUUUAUGAUACAGAUUGUCAAGAUGGAGGAUUGCAGAUACUCAUGUACCACACUUGAAUUUCUUCAUAUCUGCUUUGCUAAAUUUCUGACCCGUGGAAAAAAAAAAAAUCGAGCAAGUUGCAUUCUAUUGUUCCUAACAUGCAUUUCCGGUUGAACUUUCUUAAAGACUCUUUUCACCUGUCUUGGAAUUGGUGAUUUAGGAUGGAUACGUUCAUUUCAUGGACCUUUUUAGAGCUGUUCCUUGCAUAUAUAUCCGAUGGCUGAGGCCAGCAAUAAACCUUUGCAACUUGACACAACUGAAUGAGAGGAGGCCUAAAAGAUUGAAUGGA